AUGGCAAAAGUGCAUAUAACCAACGUCGUCGUGCUGGACAAUCCGAGUCCAUUUCUUAAUCCUUUCCAAUUCGAAUUGACCUUCGAGUGCAUUGAAGAACUUAAAGAAGAUUUAGAAUGGAAGAUGAUUUACGUUGGUUCAGCUGAAACUGAGGAACACGAUCAAGUAUUAGACACGAUUUACGUCGGACCCAUACCUGAGGGUAGACACAUGUUUGUCUUCCAAGCGCCACCACCUGACGUCACUCGGAUACCCGAAAACGACGCAUUAGGCGUCACUGUUGUGUUAUUAACGUGUUCGUACAGAGGACAAGAGUUUGUUAGAGUCGGUUACUUUAUUAAUAAUGAAUACAGUGAAAGUGAACCAGAAUUAAGGGAAAAUCCACCAGCGAAACCUCAAUUUGAUAAAGUAGUAAGGAAUAUACUAGCAUCAGAGCCUCGUGUGACUCGGUUUAAGAUUAAUUGGGCUGAACCUGACUCUGGAAUGGCUGCGGACUCCGGAGAUGCAAAUCUAGAAGCUUCUCAUGCCCCUAGCAAUGAUUCGUAUGGUGCAUCAUUUAAUGCUGAUAGUCAAAUUAGUGGUAUGGAAUUUCAAGGAAGUUUGAGUGGAUAUGGAGAUAAUUCUAACUCAAUAGCACCAAUGGAAUGCUGA